UUCAAGAUUAGGAGGUUCGAAUCUUUUUUAAAAAUUUACGUCGCAUUAAAUGCCACAAAAGAGUGAUUAAUGAUGUUGUUUCGUGAAUGAAUGAUUAGAUUAGAGGAACGAAUUAUUUAUUGCGGUUGUGUUUAAAGAAUAUUAUCAAAAUAAACGUGACGUCAUAGAAAUAUGGAAGGCAACAGUAGUUACAAAGAAGGAGAAAUGGGUGGCCCAAUGGGUGGUCCCCAUAACCCACAACAAGCAGGGUCCACAAAGAAGCUGCAACAGACGCAAGCAACUGUUGACGAAGUUGUGGGGAUAAUGAAAGUAAAUGUAGAAAAAGUUUUGGAAAGAGAUCAGAAGCUCUCAGAGCUGGAAAAUCGUGCGGAUGCCUUACAGCAGGGGGCAACACAGUUUGAACAGCAAGCGGGAAAAUUGAAAAGGAAGUACUGGUGGAAGAAUCUCAAGAUGAUGAUCAUCAUUGGCAUUAUCUGCGUGAUCAUUUUAAUCAUCAUCAUUGCUUCGCUUGUGCCCAGCUCAUCUUCGGAACCCACUAGUCCUGCUAAUAAGUGAUAGCAUUAUACCAAAGGGGAUGUAAUGCUUGGGUUGUUAAUACUUGUUUUAGAACAACAUUUAACUAUGAUGAUGUAAGUGUUGGGCAAAACAACAUUUAAGUAUAAUACAAUCUGCAGUCUUAUAAGAGAAACCACAAUACUAGCCAGAAAUAUGUGUGUGCAUAUACACGCAUAUAUAUUUUUGAGACUUAAAUUUAUCUGAAAUGCACAAUAAUUAGACUAACUGCAGCAUUAAUACGGGUGGCCUUUCUUUUUUUUUGUCGUAAAACUGUAUACAGACAAUACAUUUCAUAAUGUUAUCUUGUUAAAAUGCUUACUGUACAUUUAUUAAUGAUAUAUAAUA